GAGGGACUGGAUGUAUGGGCGACUAGGGCCAGCCCUGUUAGUAAAUGCAGGUAGUGGGGGCGGAGCCUAAGCCAAGCAGGCUGUUCAGCUUUGCACCUUGCCAGUAUCCAGGGAUCAUGGUGAGUGUGCUGGAGGAAGGCUGCCUCUCCCGGGGCUUUGCGCUCAUUGGGCUCAUUACUGUGGGCUACGUAGCCAUCACCCAAGGCUGGAGGAUACUCUGCGGCUUCAGAGCCCACUUUGUGUCCCACUGGUGGAAGCCCAACCUCAGGCAGUAUGGAACCUGGGCCGUGGUGACGGGGGCUACAGACGGGAUCGGCAAAUCCUACGCGGAAGAGUUGGCCCGGAGGGGAUUCGACAUUGUCCUGAUCAGUAGGAGCCCAGAGAAACUGCAGAGAGUGGCAGAGGGGAUAGAACAGAAGAGUGGACGCAAGACCAAGAUAAUCCAGGCAGAUUACACGGGAGAUGUUGGGAUCUACACGCCCAUAGAGGAAGGUCUAAAGGGACUGGAUAUAGGAGUCCUAGUGAAUAAUGUUGGGAUGGCGUAUUCUAAUGAACCAGUCAGAUUCCUCGAUGUUCCGAAUGUUAAAGAGCGGUUAACGAACGUCAUCAACUGCAACAUCGUGUCUGUACUGCAGAUGACCCGCAUUGUGCUUCCGGGCAUGCUGAAGAAAAAGAAAGGUCUGAUCAUUAAUAUCUCCUCUGAAGCUGGGAGUCAUCCCUUCCCCAUGGUUGCAGUGUACAGUUCAACUAAGGUCUUUGUGGAUUACUUCUCCCGAUGCCUGCAUACAGAAUACAGUCCCCAAGGGAUCACAGUCCAGUCAGUCAUGCCUCUCUUGGUGUCCACCAACAUGACAUUUGGGAUCAAGAGUAACAUCUUUGUCAAGACGUCAGACAGCUAUGUCUAUGAUGCGCUGAACACCGUGGGAUCCACCACUCGUACCAAUGGCUGCCUCUCCCAUGCCCUUCAGAGUUACUUCUUCCAUCUUUUUAUCUCGGACUUUACGCUCUCCUCCAACAUCCUCGCUAUCCUUGGCCCCAGAGCUCUGAAGGCACUAAUGAAACGAACAAUGACAAAGACAGACUAGAGGUGUCCCGACGCCCUGUGACGGGAAGAGCGUCGCCAUUUUAUCCAGCAACAAGAACCAAAGGAAAAUACAGGAAGAUUCCGAGAAAAGCUCAAGAUGCCAGAGGUGUAUUCAGGGGGGUUAAUACGAAAACGGAUAUUUUUAAAUAUGAAUAAAAAGGUUUUAUGAUCAAUGAAAA